AUGAAACUAGUUAGAACAAAACAGAAGAAAGCUAAAAUUAACAAGAAAGGUAAAAAUGGCGGAGGUGGAAAGGGACAAAAUGGCGGAGGUGGAAAGGGACAAAAUGGUGGAGUUGGAAAGGGCAAAAAGGGUUCGAAAGGAAAAGGUAAAUUAACGAAGGAAGAAAAACAAAGACUGAAGGCAGGAAAGAGAAAUGAUGACAGUGACAGUGAAUUUAGCUACCGAAGUGUUGUCAGUGCUGGCGGUACACGUCAUGUGAGACGUCGACGUAAAAGAGCAGAUGGAACAUACAGUGAUAGUGAUUCAUAUCAUAGCAGUCAGGACGAAGAUGGUGAAGAACGACGACGACAACGUCGUAAAGAGAGAGGAGAACUUGAGUCAGAUACAGUAGAUAGUUCUAACCCAAAUACAAGCAAUGGAAGCAAAGAUCAUUAUCAUGAUGGUGACAGUGAUUAUAGUUACGCAAGUGAAGUAAGCGAAGGUGGUACGAGAUACGAAGUCAAACGCAAACGUCUUCGAGAUGAAGAAGGAAAUAUUAUUGGAUAUGGUGAAAAAGAAGCUGCUGGUGACAAUCUCAGCGAUACAGAAUCUGUAAAGACAAGAAGAGGAUCAAUGGAUGGAAGCUUUGUGAAAGAUCGGAUCAAUGUUGAAGAUGUGCUUGGUCCACAACUGAUUGAACACAACGAAAAUAACAGAUUGAAAGAUGGUGUAGACUGGCCAGAAAAAUCCCUUGAUCGUAUUCCUUCCGAGUUUAGUGAUGCAUCUACUGAUGACGAUGAUGUUGAUUUAUCUAAGAUGACAGAAGAAGAAAAAGAAGAAUAUUUCAAGAACAAGGAGGAGCGUAGAAAGGAACGAGAGGCCAGGAGAAGGGCUAAAUACGGGGAUAAAUAUGAUGAAAUAAUGAAGAAAAAACUGGAAAAAAAGGAAAGAGAAAAGAAGGAACAAGAACAAGAACAAUCAAAUGAAGAAAAAGAAAAACGAGACCAAAAAGAAAAGGAUGAAAAAACAAGUGGAAGGAAAUCAUCACUUAGAAAGUUUUCUGAUUCUCUUGGUAAAGGAAAGGAACCAGCUAAAAGUAUGGUAACAUAUGAAAAAGGACCCCCUAGAGAAAUAGGCGGAAAGGAAACAUUUGAUAGCAGAGAACACGGUCUUCCACACGACUCAUGGGGUAAAAAGGAUAAGACAGAUAUGAGCCUCCGAAGAGGUAGCAGUGAUUCAUCAGACUUUGUUCCCACUAAACUAAGAAGAGAAACUACAAUGUUGAAGAAGCUGCCAACUAUUCCUCAAGGAAAAGUAGCUGAAGUUACAAAGAAGAAGAAGCCUGGAAUGGAAGAUAGAGAGUCAUCCCAAUAUGAGGGUGAUGAUGACGACGACAGUUUGAAAAGAACAAAUAGAGGCGACGAAGAAAAAUCAAAGUGGGAUUCAGUGGUAGAGAUGGGAGCGGAUGGAAAACUACGGCUUAAGAAAAAGCUGAUAGAUUUAAAAGACCUGGAUGAUGAAACAUUGCGUAGACUUGGAAUUGAUCCUACACUUACUGCGAAAGAAAUUGCAAAGAAAUUAAAAGCUCUUUUUGGAAAUGAUAUUAGAUUCAAAGAGGGUAGCUUCUUCAUUGGAACAAAACAUGCUGAUGACUUUGGAGAUAUGGAUGAUGACGAGCUUGCUAAGCAAGAAGAUCUAGAUAUAACCACAUUAAAUGGUCAAAGAAGAAUAAAUAUACUGAUGAAGCGAGGAGGGUCUGCAUUACGACGCCAUAUGCUGAGAAUAAUAGCCGAAUGUCGACUUCAUGAAAAUGCAUAUAAAUGUGCAAAUAUUGAUGAACAAGGAUCUAUUGAUUUCCUAGCGCACUACCGACUUGUUGAUCCAAAGAAAGUUGAUGGAUAUGCUAAAGCUUUUGUUGUUGAAGACACUAACUUUGAUACAUUCAUUGAUUAUAAGAACACAAAAUCUGCUCUUGAUGGUAUUGAAUCAAUUCAACACAUGACACCUAAACAAAUGGAAUAUGUCUUUCGGGUUUUGAAUAUUGAUGAAGCCACUCGUGUUACAUUUAGAAUGUUUGCUGUACUCACAGCUUUAUGCGAAAGAGUUUCAACAAUGGACGAUUUAAGCAGACAACUAUUAGAAAUAUGUAACCUUCUAGACAUAGAACGGAAAUUAGAUUUAUAUAAAGCUAUGUUCUACACCAAUGUGCCGACGUAUCGUGACAGUAAUUAUGUAACGGAGGAGUCUUUGAAGAUUGAGUUGAUGGCCGGUGGUCUAAACUGGUCACAACAAGAGUAUGUUAUGGAGAAAAUGGAACCUAAUACUUUUGGCGAGAUCUCGUUUUUGGACUACAUGUGUUAUAUACCUUUGUUUUUGUCGAUGCACGAUAAUAUUUGUGACAAUCCUUUGGACAUGUCAAAUCAGAAAUACCAAAUGCCUCCUCGUCGGAGACCUCCAUCUGUUCAGAGGGACAUGAAUCCUUUAUCACAACCACUAAGCAAACAGUCUGCAUUUUUACUCAGGAAACAAGCUGUUGAUUUCGAGGAAGGAACGGCUAAUCCUGAUCAUUAUACAAAGGAAUACGUGCAACGGGUUAAUAAAUAUGCACAAUUACCAGAUAUACCUCAUAUUUUGCAACGACAAUCGUCAAAUGUUUCAACCACGUCAGAGUACUUAAGCGGAAGUUCUUUCUACAGAGAGAAGAGCAGGGUGUACUGAACAAUGUACAGAGAUUCAUUUCUUGAACGUCAUGCACUUAUGCUGUGUAGAAAUAAGUAGUUUUUUUUCAGUAUGAUUUCUCGAUUCGUUUAUUUAUGUAAAUAUUCUUAGACGAUAGCUGAGAACAAAAUGAGUAACAUAUUACUACUAUUAGAAACAAACGAAAUGGUGGUUUCUCAUACCAACCAGUAUUGAUUAAAUACUUUGUAUUUAAUCUGUAGUGAGACAAUGUUUAUGCUCCAUGGAAUGAAUCUUUUGAAAUUUAGUAAUUAAGUGUGCUAAAAAGAGCAAAGCAAUGUGCAUUGUAUAUUGAAACAACCUGUCAAAAUAGAUAUAUUUUGUUCAGCACUUUUACUUAAAGUUUCAUUCAAGUUCGGCGCUGUAAAUACGUUUCCACUUAGUUUUUUUUUUGGCAAAAUUUGAGACAGAUUAGUAUGCCAUUCAAAUUUAAAUAUUUAAAUAAAGUUAUUCCAAAGAUGUUUUGUCCUGUAUAGCAUGAGAAAAAGAACCCUGAUAAUUUGAUAAUUGAACUGGGUUUUUUUUAAUAACUAUCUCACAGAGUGGGGGUAACCGUUAUACAAAUUGACAACAUGCCAAAUGGGUCCAAAUGUUUUCUUUCAUUUAAAAAUUAAUCAAAGAUACUAGGCUUAUAAUUUGGUACGCCAUACGCGCGUUGUAUCUACUAAAGAAUGUUUUUUUACUUUGAAUACGUACUCAAUCAUGGUUUCAAUUCGAAGGCAAAUGAAAGAUAACAUUAGCAACAACUGUUCAUAUCUUUAGAUUGUAGCAAUAUUACCAGAUAACUUACCGUUCAAAAUGCCGGUAGUAUACGUUAUUUAUUCCGGAAAUCCCCAGAUUUGAUUCGAAAGUGUCCAUAACGAUUACCCACCAAGAUUAUUUUAGAAAAACCAAUGCAUUUUUCUUAAACAUAGGUAUAUAUUGACAAUCAUGUUAUACAUUCGUUAUUGUUUAAACAUUUUCAUUAAGAAAUUCAUUAAUUAAAUCAAUGUUUGGUUCCCGAACUGUCUGUGAUGCGGUUUUAUUUUGAAUUUUGCAUUAAAAGUGCUUGGGUGAAGAAAAGUAUUGCUUCGCACACUGUAUGACGUGACUGUAAUUAGAUUUGAAAUGUAUGUGUAAGUUCUUUUCGUAAUCAUUGUAACAUGUUGAGUGAUAUAUCAUUCCUGAUCUUUUCAUAGUAGAACUAAAUUAAGAUAUAAUGAUUAUUAUUUACAAUUCAGAAGUAACUGUAACUAAAUUUGAAAUUUAUAUGUCAAUCAUUGUAAUAUGUUGUUUGAUAUCAUUUCUGGUUUAUUUUAUUGUUGAACUAAUUUAUGAUAUUAUUAUCAAAUAUAUUGUUUUUGCAAAAGGAUUUAUCAAUUACUUCUUGUUGUUGAUGAAAUGUUGGAUGUUGUAAGUUCUUAGAAUAAAGGAGUGAAAAAGUAA